UGGACUUUGUCCGGCCGAGGAGGAGGGAGAGGGGCGCUGCUAGCCCCGCGUCCUCUCUCCCCUCCAAUGGUACUCGAUUUGUCCUGCUUUGACAGCGCAGCGAUGGGGGGACUGGAGACGGAGCCUGUUGGGCAGGGGAGCUGCGCGCGUGCGCACGACGUGGCCGCACGCCGGAAGGACACAGCCUAGGCCGGCCCAGCUGGAGGAAGGGCGGUGGGGCUGGGGGUCGCCAUGGCUACCGAGGCCUCGGCUGCAGAGCCGGCUGUGCCGUCGCUAGUGGAUCGUUAUUUUACUCGCUGGUACAAAACGGAUGUCAAAGGAAAACCUUGUGAGGACCACUGUAUACUCCAGCACUCUAACCGGAUAUGUGUCAUCACACUAGCAGGGUCUCAUCCAGUUCUUCAAAGUGGGAAAACGAUUACAAGCAUUUCCUAUCAGAUCAGUAGCAACUGUAGCCGACUUCAGAACAAGGUCUCUGGGAAGUUCAAGCGGGGAGCCCAGUUUCUAACAGAACUUGCACCUCUGUGUAAGAUUUACUGCUCGGAUGGAGAAGAAUAUACCAUAUCCAGUUGUGUGAGAGGACGGUUGAUGGAAGUGAAUGAAAACAUUCUCCACGAGCCAUCUAUUCUUCAAGAAAAGCCAUCCACUGAAGGUUACAUUGCAGUUGUGUUACCUAAAUUUGAAGAAAGUAAAAGUAUAACAGAAGGGUUAUUGACACAAAAGCAAUAUGAAGAAGUUGUGGUGAAUCGCAGUAAUGCCUCAACAGCUACGGCGUGAGGCCUGAGAUGGAAUCAGGAGCAGCCUAGGAUUCUUCGCCUUUCCUGGCCUGAACCGCCAGUGUACUGCAGAAGUGGCAGGCCGUGUGCAGCAUCCUUCACCUGCAGCCAUCAGCAGGAGAAGCCGAAGCCUUCGCUCAACCUUGUUUUCCCUCUCUUGCUUCACAAGGUUUAGCUCUCAAUUGUUCUCAGCCUUACUCUAUCCCCUUCUUCCAAGGAAACAGGCAAGGGAUGUUUUUCUGAUUCAUCUCUGUCUCCUUCCCUCUCCCCCACCCUCAUAUUCACACACACACAUUCUCUUUGGGUGAAAUUUGCAAAACAUAAAAGUUUUAAGUAACCAAGUAAAAAUAAUUUACUCCAUCCUUACAACCUGGAAAUAAAUACUAUAUUUUUACA